GGGGCGGAGCCUGCUGUGUGCCAAGCUGCUGUGAUGAUGCUGUGAGUCACAGGGAUGCCAGUGGAUGCCACCAUGUUGGUGCAUUCAUAGGCAGUUGAAACGUCAUUUUCAUAUCAGCGUGCUGAUAUGAAUGUUGAAAGAUUCCAAGAGGUUUUCAUUCAGGAACAUGUUGGUCAGAGCCACUCAGACUGCAAACGGCCCUGAUCCGUCUGCAGCUUCUGCUGUAGUCAAAGUUUUUCUUUUUCAAAUCAACACACUGCAGGUUUUAUCAACAACUCCAUCAGUGUUAUGGUAAAAUAAGAUGGAAACUUAUUUUAAAGUGUCUUUAGCUGACAUGUUCCUGUGUUUUGGGAGAUUAACGCUUCUUUUUGCCCUCGCUUUUUUAUUUCCUGCUUUUAGUUUUAACAGAAAGUUUGUGGUGAGGUGUCACUUCCUCAUGGCCCCCCAACCUCCACUCCUCACCACUUCGUCCUUUUCUACUUUGGUUCCCCGACUUUGGAACUCUUUUCUGUAAGAUUUGUAGAAUUAUCUUUAAAGCACAUGGAGGCCGGAUCCCUGAUCCUGACACACACCACAGCUCUCAGAUUACCUCUCUGCUCUGUUCCACUUUUCUGAAUGCUUCUUACAGGAGUCACUUUAAACCCAGCAGCAUGCAGGAUUACCCACGCUGACAGGCAGGUCAGGAUGUGAUGACUGAAGAAAUGAAUGCAGUCCUAAUCUCACCCUGCUAUCUCUCUGCUGUCUUUGUGUGGUGGCCUCACUCCACCCAGCAGCAUUCAGAACGUGACACCAAGAGGAAUCUCCAGAGAAUAACUGGAGUGUAAUCUCAGGAAUUACACAUAUGUCAUCUGAUGCUUCGGCUUUUUUCCUCAUCAGAAUGGAGCUGCCCUCCUCUCUGCCUCCUUCUCCCCCCACAUCAUGACCAACUCCCGGUUUCACCUCCAAGCCAGUUACUUAAUUUAAUCUUAUGAAACUCUUUCAGUGAGGGCGGAGGGACAGUGGAGCAUCCUCCACUGGCUCCUCCCAGAGGUGGCAGGCUCCUCCCUCCUGCUUUAAGCUCUUCCCCAUUACUCUGAGCUCAGAACAGCCUCAGAGCGUCCCGCGCUGCACAGAUACAGGUCGCUGUCAGAGCCCAGCAGGUGUGACUGCGUCUACAUGCCCACUUUCUGCUAAUCACCUGCCUGUUGCAGACUUCUAUUUCAGACGUUUGCCUGCUGCUGAGCUCUCCUGGUUGCCAGUUUGAGUGCAUUAAUAUCUGGGGAUCCUCUCUGUCAGAGCAGAAGGGUUAGAAACAUUUGAGGUGUGGAUCUGCAGCCAGCCAGCACAAUGAACUUCGAUGACAUUUUGAGCAAAAUCGGAGGCUUUGGGAAGUUCCAGAAGCUCCUGUAUGUGUGGAUCUGUUUGCCUCAGGUCUUCCUGGCGUUCCACAUGCUGGUGUCCGUGUUCACCGGGGCCGUUCCCCGUCAUCUGUGCCGCUCAGCUUGGCCCUCAGGGGCCACCCCCGCCACUUUGAACUUCAGCCUUCUGAGCGGGCCCGACAGCCGACCCGAGCUGUCCUGCAACAUGGCCCUGAACCACAGUGGCGGCGGCAGCACCGCGGCCCCUGAUGGCACUGUGGCCCCCGGAGGCGGACGCCCCACCGUGAGCUGCCAGGAUGGCUGGGAGUACAGCAAGGAGACAUUCCAAAGCACCACUGUCACUGAGUGGGACCUGGUCUGUUCCAAUUCCAGCCUCAACAACCUCGGCUCGUCCGUCUACAUGUUUGGACUCCUCGUCGGCGCGGUUUUAUUCGGUUACUUGGCUGAUAAAUAUGGCCGCCGAAUCAUCAUCCUCAUUUCCCUGGCUAUUCAAGCGACCUUUGGCGUGGCCGCUGCUUUCGCUCCCAAUUUCUACGUCUACACAGCCCUUCGCUUCAUGGUGGGAACGUCCAUCUCCGGUAUUAUCAUGAACGCCUUUGUUUUGGGUACUGAAUGGACGGGCCUGAGACAGCGCAUGCUGGCCGGGAUAAUCACAGACUACUUCUUCGGAUUUGGGUACAUCCUCCUGGCCGGGGUGGCGUACCUCAUAAGGGACUGGCGCAAGCUGCAGCUGGCUAUAUCUGCACCUGGCUUCCUCUUCAUCGUCUACAUUUGGGUUUUGCCGAAGUCGGCCCGCUGGUUGAUGGCCAAUGACAGGAAGGAGGAAGCAUGGGACGUGAUCCUGAAGGCAGCCGAGAUGAAUGGGAAGCCCAUCAGUAAGGAGAUGGAGAUGUGUCAGGUUUAUCAGACUGAGGAGAAAAGCGAGCUGAAGAAAAAUCGCUCCCUGGUUGACCUUGUUCGAACCCCGACAAUGAGGAAGCAGUCCCUGAUUGUCUUUUAUCUUUGGUUUGUCAACGUCCUGGUGUACUACGGCUUGUCCCUCAACAUUUCCGACUUCGGAAUGAACAUCUACCUGACCCAGAUGAUCUUUGGCCUGGUGGAGAUGCCUGCACGCACCAUCACACUGUUCACCCUCAACCGCUCACGCAAGUUCUCUCAGCUGGCUUUCCUAGCAGUGGGAGGUUCUGCCUGCCUGCUGACCACCUGCAUCCCCAGCGACCUGCCCGUUGUCCGAACGGUCCUGGCCAUGAUUGGGAAGUUUGGGAUUACAGCCUCUCUGUCUAUCAUUUAUGUCUACUCAGCUGAAAUAUUUCCAACAGUGAUCAGGCAAAACGGGAUUGGUAUAGGCUCCAUGUGUGCGCGGAUCGGCGGUGUCCUGGCUCCAAUGAUGUACCUUCUGAGAAACAUCAAUCCUCAUGCUCCCAUGAUUCUCUCUGGCCUGUGCCCGCUGCUGGGCGCUGGGUUGACCCUACUGCUGCCUGAGACGGCCAACAAGCCUCUACCCGACACAAUCGAGGACGUCGAGGGAGAAAGCCUCAGUGAUGAGGAGGAAGGUGUGACGGCAGCCAUCUUUGAUCCAAGGAAUGUUACCAUGGACACCCCCAGGAAGGAUUAGUUUCCCAGCACUGGCUGACAUGUCAUGUGGCAUUUAGUAUUUUUCAGUUUACGUUUUUUGAGACAUAAGUCUUUACUUCCAGUGGAAGUUUCAGUUAGACUUUGUGAUUAUGGGUCUUUACAAGCUACCCAAACUCUUUAAAUAAUGGUAUGUGUGAAAGUGUUUUUAUUCCUUCUUGAUCAUUUUUGUAUGUUUUUUUUUUUAAUGGAAUAAUUUCUCUUGUUCCAGUGUGGUAAAUUUAGUGUCAUUCUGGUAAAGAUGUAUAACAUUCUUAUAAUAAAUUAUUCCAGUGCAGCAGCAUAUCAUCACAGAAGAAUGUAGAAAACUCAAAUCUCUAAUGUAAUGUGUGUUUAGUAGGUCUGAAAGUAAAUUCUCGGAGGAAUAAUUGUUUUUACAAUUUCCUCAGACAAUUUUUGGACGACCCCGUUGAAGUUUGAUGCUGGAAGCCACCAGUUUAGUUUGAAACCGCCUGGUUCAUGAUGCCUGUCUAGCAAAAGUUCUCAGUGCCUCGAAACAAAAACAUGAGCCCACAGCAACACAGAGCCUUCACCGUACUUGUUACUAAAAGCAGAUCUGAUUAAAUUCUCAGCAAACUCUACAUGUUUACAUUUGUGAUGGUAAGACAGGAAGGUUUUUUUUCUUACAUCUUUCCCAAACUAGUCUAAUGGUUCCAUGGAGCCAGAAUGUCACGUUUUGCUGGCUCCUUGUUCUGCCUACUGGCUAAAAGAAAUUGGCCUUUGCGUCGGAUUAUAUUUUUCCCAAGAGAAAUUGAAAAUUAUUAGAGUUCCUAUAAACUCUGAUUAAUGUCGAAAUGAUUAAGGGUUGGGAUUACAACAUUGCUUUUAUUUUAUUUUUUUUUAUUGUUUUUGAGGGUUUUUUUGUUGUUGUUGUUUUUAGAAUUAUCUGCACAGUUGAUGGCAACAAAAAGGUCCUGGGUUGGAAUCCUGACCAGCGGUCUUUCUGUGUGGAGUUUGCAUGUUCUGCCCGUGCAUGCAUGGAUUUGCUCCGGGUACUCCGACUUCCUCUCACAGUUCAAAAACAUGACUGUCAGGUUAAUUAGUCUCUCUAAAUUGUUUUUAGGUGUGUGUGUGUUGCUGUUUGUCCUGUGUGUUUCUGUGUUGUCCAGUGAAGGACCAGCGAUGUGUCUGGGUUUUUCCACGUCUCUCACCAAACCACCAUUUGAAAUAUGUACCAAUAACAAGAAUGUAGAAAGUAGAUGUUUGGAGAACCAAUAAUUUUGCCACUGCUAAUUUUAUUAAAUAUAACUAUUCCUCAUUAUGGGAUUUUUACCCCACUGAAUUAAUGCACUUAUAACAGACUGUAUUUUUCAGCAUUUUUUUUUCUUUUUCUUUUUUUUGGUGAGAUUAUUCGGCUGCUACAAAAGAUAAUUUCAUCUUUUUUUAACACAGCUUUACAAGGUAGGGCAUUUUAUUUGAUAAAGUAUUGUACUUUGUAAGAGUUUUAUUUAUCCAUAUGUGUACAACAAGUACUGCCUGAUGAUGAGUUGGUGGUGCCUGAAGCUACAUGGAGAGCAGAGGCCAUCCUGAGACACUUUCACCUCACAGCUCGGUUCUGGUUGUGUGAAAGCAAACGGUUUUUGUCUGACGGUAUCAAUCAGAUGAUAUUUGUGCAAUUUGAUUUUCUUUUUUUUCUUUUCUUGCAUUAUUUUGUCUGAAGGUUAUAUGGUUAAAAUAAAGGGACCCAGAGGCAUUUUGUUCAGUAUUGUUCUCCCAAUUUGCUGUCAAUAGUUUAUCGGCGCCUUCCUCACUAAUCAUGGCUGUUAGCCUGUGAACAAAGCUGUCUCUGUGAAGAAACUUUUUUUCCCAGACUGUUGUGAAGGACUUUUUCCGGCUUGCUGGGAGUUCUAACCUUCAAAGCAUUCAGCAGCUGUAGGACUUAUCAGCCAGACUUUGUUUUUACUUUGUUUUGCCUCAUCAUGUAGUUUUGCUGAAGGGUUUGCUGCUACAUUUGCAGACCUAAAGGCCAGCUGAGCUACGGCUGGCGCAUUUCUGCUGCCUCCCAUUGGCCCAGUUAAAGGCAGGUGGGAGUGGGAAGUGCCUCCAUGUUUACAGUGGUAACUCGCAACAAAACAUGUCUUUGAGGAAACUCUCUCUAGUGGAUAGAGGGUGUCACCUCCUCUCUGUCAGCUCAACCAGUAUCUGAUAUGUGAAAAACGUGCUUUAUGUAUCAUCCAUGCAUCUAUGAACGUUCACAUUUUCACAUUAUUUUUCAGAUUAUGUUGUUGAUACUGUAUAUUUUUACUGACUUUGUGAAAUAAAGGUUGUCUGAGAG